GGUAGACCAAGAAGCGAAGGCAGCGGAAGGAAGUCCAAAAUCGAAAUGAUCCAACAAUGGGAAGAAGCGGGAAGCACGUGACAGCGAAGCUGCCGACAUCAAAUCACACAACAUUGCGCUGCUCUUUUCCCUUCACUCAAUGGCAUUACCACACUCUACUUCCAUGCUUCCCACUUCUCUCCGCUGAUGCUAUUCCUACCGCCCUCUGCUAAUUCUGGGGUCUCUUUCGCCAAUCACCAGAUCCCUUUUCUUCAUUAUCACUAUGUGGCAGGUUCUCUUAGCUGCUGCUGUUGGCGGAUCCACUGGUUUCAUCGCUAACCACUUUCUCACUCAAACCAAGCAAUGCGCCCAUAAUCACGACGACUCUGGGAUAACAUUUGAAAACCCAAAUUCUCAGCCUCCUGUAGCUACUGAUGGUUGUUCGGGAUCUGGAAUUGAAACCAACUCAGACACACCAGAUGGGAUCUUCAGGUUUUCUAGUUCGGAAUCUCUGAGGAAACAUGGGCUUCGAUCUCGGGCCAGUGAUUCUCGACAGAAACCCUUGUUCAGGCGCCGACGGUCCAAGGACGGAGUCAAAAUUGCAAAGAUGGAGCAGAAAUGUGAGGUACAGGCGCGAUCGGAGCAGAGUAGGGAUGGAAAGCGAUUAUCUUUUUGCUUGAAGAGGAGGAAGACGAUCAAGAACGUAGCCGGGAAAACUGGAUUUUGUUCUUCCAAAGAUGGCUCUUUAUUUGGUUGGGGACUGGGCUUUGGAAUCAUGUAUAUGAUGUCAACUGGAAAAUCUGAGAUCAGUAAGGUGAACAAGACUAUGGAUGAGACGGCUAAAGCAGUUCAGGAAUUAAAAUCUGAGCUCCACAGAAGAAGAUCAUCACGUACGCGGAAAAUUUCAGAUUCUGUUGACCAUAAUGACUCGCCCAAGUUAAGUGAUCGGAAUGAAAUGAUGCGGAGGAAGACAAGCAGUGAGGUUAGACACACUGAUGCCAGAAUUCCGAGUCUUCCUGCUGCAAGUGAUGAUGGUGAAUGUGGAAGCAGUGCUCUUACUGAAGAGUCAGGUCAACCAGUUCCGGAAAUGGAUCAACUGGAAGCAGAACUUGAGCUUGAACUUCAAAAGCUUCCUGGCUGUACUCUUGACAGUCCUUCCCUUGAAGAAAUGAGACCCAAACUGCACGAGCUCCAAGUUGGGGAUGAUGGGUGUGAUGGAACUGAAUUCCAGGGAGUAUUAGCACCUGAAUUGAGUCAGAGACUAAACCACUUGCUGAUAGAACGGCAGGAAGACCAGAUUGCAGAGCUGGAAUCUGAACUGGAUUUAGCUCAGUCGAAACUCCAUGAGAAGGAAGCUGAACUCCAGGCACUGAAGGACACUGUCAGACGCCUUUCUGAGAUAUCUCUAUCCACGCUUUCAGAUGAUGAAACUGAUGCUGGCUGUGAUAAAAAAGGAAGCAGCGUUAGAGGCGCCAACAACAUGGACUGUGCGUCAAAGCAAUGCGUGGCUGGGGUCAAAAGACCUAUUGAUUCUGAGGCAUGUGCAUAUUAUUACCUGAAAUGACUCCGUUCGUGGUGGGAUAUGUAGGAGCAAUUGAAAGGACAUGUAGUCUAAGUAAGUAAGUGACUUGUAGUUGACGAUUAUUCUGUCUGGAUGGCCUUUCUGAGGAUAAAAGGGGGCCUGCCUGGCUAAGUUUUAGAGAGCAGAAUUGCAAGAAAUAAUAUACCAUAACCCUCGUCGAGAAGCAGAGAAUGGAGGAAAACUGGGGUUUUAAGAAGGGGCAGCUAUCUAGAUUGGACCCAAUGGUUGGGCCUUGUUUGUAUAUUCCUUUGAUAGAUAUUUAUAUUUAUUAUAAAUGCAAAAUUCUAGCAGUCUCGUAUACUGAUAGCUUCGUAGAACAGUAAAAUGUAACGGUGACCCAUUUUCACAAUAUAAAGUUGCAACCCAUAUAAUAUGUGGAUUAGACAUUAAAAA